AUGGAUCCUCGCCCUUCCGACCUUGUGCUCGACAGCCGUAUACAAGUUGAAUUUAGCACCAACUUCACGUAUCGGUUCACUGUACAGUCGAAGGUAUCUUCUACUCGCCAUGUCAGACGAAGGCAGCACAAGGAGACAUGGCAGGUGGAAUACUUGCCGAGCGAGUGCCAAGCGGAACUGCAGGCCGUGAAGAUGAUCAAAAAGGCCGUCGUCUCUGACGGAAUCGAUUAUUAUAAGGAACUUGAAGCGAUUGCGAAGUUCUCGCAGAAAAAAUAUGAGGGCCUUUUUGUCGAGUUCAUUGGCUGGUAUGAGAGUGAUGAUUCUGUGUUCAUUGCUAUGGAGUAUAUGGAACAUGGUGAUCUGGAUGUCCAUCUAAAUGCGCCAUUGCCCGAACCUGAGGCUCAGGAAAUCACAUUGCAGAUAGCGGAAGGUCUCAAGCUCCUCCACGAAAAUGGAUUUGCUCACCGAGAUCUUAAACCUGCGAAUAUCUUUGUGUUCCGCAAGGGCCCUGAUUGGUGGGUCAAAAUCGGCGACUUUGGAUUCAGCAAACGCGUCACUGAGAAGGACGGACUUCAAACAUGGGUUGGAACACCAGUUUUCCUUGCCCCGGAGGUUCAGAUGCUGUAUUCCUCCGGCAUGAACGACGAUGAUACUCUAUAUCAUUAUACAGAGAAAGUCGACAUAUGGGCGCUGGGCGUGAUCACCUUCUAUAUGAUCUUCCAUGAAUAUCCAUUCACCCCCAGGAAGCCCAUUGGUCUGCUACAAUAUGUUCAGGGAGCAGAUCUUCCCUUCCCAAAAUCCUCGCGGUCAGGAAUUAGUCAUGGGUGUAUUAGCUUUAUUAAGGCCGCCAUGGCUCCGAAUGCCUCGAACAGAUUGUCUGCAAAGGAAGCCAUUGAAUCUGAGUGGCUAAGGCGGGCGGACAUCCCAGUCGCGGAAAUAGCAAGCUUGCAAAUAAGUGAGCGUAAACUUCCGGACAGCGCUUCGGUUCAGAAUUUGGAGGACGCAAGAUUGGGACCUACACAAGGUCCGAGCAUGGGAGCAGUCAACAAGGGCAAUAGUAUAUCUCCUACUUGCGCCGACAUGCCCGCGCACGAAAUGCAAGUCAGCCCGGGGUCAUCCGCCAGAGAGGGUUGCACUACAUCAGAGUCAGAACCAUCACCUACGCAAGAAACUCGAACUGGAUCUGCAUCACACAAGGACGCGGUACAAUUGCAACUGGACAGAUUGCAGUCAAUUCAUACUCAGGGUGUGCAACUUUUUCGCAGGAAAUUCUUCCGCGAAGCUGAAGACAAGCUUCGACAUGCCGCCAAGGCACGCAAAAAACUCCUUACUUUGAAGCACUCGGACACUCGAAACUCCUAUCAUUGCCUGGGCGUGCUUUAUUACCAUAUGUCCAAGUAUUCACAAGCCGAACAACUGUUUCAAUGGGUACUGGAAGUCCAGGAGAAGCUGUACGGUCCCAGAAAUCAAUCCACACUCAAAUCACGGUAUUGGAUCGGAGUCGUGAUGAUCCGAGACGGGAGACUUCAAGAAGGAAUGGCUGUGCUGCAGUCAGUGGUGAAACUCCAACAGGAUGUCCUUGGGCCGAAUCACCCAGAGACCCUUCUCACAUUAUCUGAGAUUGAGCAGCAGAAACCUACUCCGACCUUGGGACUUCAAGGUAGCACUUCUUCGCAGCAAAAUUCCGCCUCGCUGCAGCUGCUAGAGAUUGAGAAAGCCACAGAGUCCAUGCAGAAAUCUAUUCGGGAACUUAAAUCUAGAUUGGGGCCAAUCUCCCCGCGAUGUCAGGAACUUCGAAAAAUUGCGAGAGUGAGAUUACCAUUCCAUCUUCCCCGUUUCCCACCAAUCUUGAAGGACGAUUCACACCCAUACAAAGUGAAAAUCCAUUACCGCACUAUGGCAGAACUCGGUCAGAGGCUGCACGGGCAUGGAGAUUACCAUGUUGCCCAAGAUAAGCUCGAAUUGGCAGUGAAAGGUCUGAAAGAGGUUUUUGGGCCAACGCAUACCGAGCCCCUGAAAGCCCUCUACUGGCUUGGCCGUAAUCAAUACGAGCUGGGUCAAUACAAAAUCGCGGAAGAUCUAUUCAGAGAAGUGAUGGAUGGAUUCACUAAGAGUUUGGGGAAAAGCGAUAGGGAGACACUGAAUGCUUUGCAUGCUACUGCACUAGCGCUUUCUAAGCAAGGAAAGUAUAAAGAGGCUGAAUCCAUCUUUCUCUCUGCGUUCAAUGGAUUCAAACAGAAAUAUGGCUCAUCUGACCAGGAUGCAAUGCGCUCCCUCUUCCAGCGUGGAUUUGUCUUAUGCAAACAGAAGGAGUUCAAACAGGCUGUAUCAAUCCUCGAAAAGGCUCACCGAGGCCUCAGACACUUCACAGGACCGAGAAGUGACGAGACAACUGAGUGUGCUUAUUGGCUUGAACGUGCAUCUAGGCGUUGCGGAGGUACCAUAAAGUCAAAGAAGUUUCGCGUCCGACUUCCACCCCCAGGAAGCAACACAGCACGCACAGAUCAACAAGCUAUUGGCUAG